CGAUGGUCACAAGGAAACCAGCAAGAACUGUCCCUAAUUACAGCCAUUGCCGGAUAAACGAUCUGCUAAUUUGGCAGCUCCUCUUCCUACAUUCGACGGUGCCAUAUGGAAAAUAAACAUUCUUCCUAGUGUGAACGUGUCUAUUGCAUCGAAGUAAUUGUGCAAAAUAACGUAUUGCCCCAAAAAAAAACGAUAGAAAACACCGACACAAUGGCUACGAGUCCCGGUUCAGAUAACAAUUGUAACAUCUACAUGCCACCGUUAGGAUGUUCCGUGGCGUCCUCGCAUGACUUCAGUGAUUAUCAAUGGUUUACAGAUUUUGGAAGUUAUCGCGAUGGAGUGACCACGCACCAGAGCAUCCUUUCGGCACUAUCCGCGUCGUACAAUGGAAUUGGCGAGCUGUCGUACUACGAGAAGAUGGCGAAGGAUAUUGAUGCCAAUCUGGCGGAGAUCGAUAUGGAAAGCUUCCGCAAGGAGGAUAUCAAUUCGCUGUUGACCGCCAUCCCAUCGCAGUUACGACUAGACGAUGCUGAGCGCAAAGCGCGCAACAAUAAUCGCAUUUUCUCGACGAUAACUAGUUGUACGGCGGCUGGACUAAUACCGGCCGAUAUGAUGGACAAUUCAUUCUGCAAAUCGGAGUUGCUGUUUUCACCGGUGAAAGAAUCGCACAUCAGCGUGGAUUCGCUGGACAUGGACGGAUAUCCGGACGAGGAGGACAUCAUUCUAACCUGCCAGGCGAAUAAAGAUAACUACACGAUAGCAUUUGAGCAAAGUAUACUGUACUCGGAGGAAAGUUAUUACGACGGCCCAGAACACUAUGGUAAAUACAAACGUAUGAACCUGCUGAAUAAUUUACAAAACCGUGCCCAAUACAUACGGCACAAAGAUUCCAUGUCCCGUUCGGAAGUAAACUACACAACUUGGAGCAAUUUGAAGCGAACUGGAACAUUGCAAAGGCCACCGAUUGCAGUGAAUCCGCUGAUCACUCAUAUUUCGCGUCACAAUCGGACAUGUUUCGUACGGAAAAGUUUCAGCAUGCCCAAUUUGCAAUCGGAUCAACCAUGCUCGUCACCAGCACAUCUUCCUUCAAAGGAUCAGCAUCAACUGAACGUUUCUCAGGCCGGAAAUGGUCACAAUUCGGAAGAAUCUUUUGAGAGACCGAUGCGUACCUUGCUUCCAAUGUACACCCUACCAACGGAUUCAGAGAAUGAAAGCAGCACCAAUGGAAAUGGAGUCGACGAAAACGAUCAAUGCGAUGAGAACAACCAUCUGCCGAAUGAACAUCGUGAGUCACGGCAACAGCAACCGGAAGACCAGCAGCAUCCACAAUUACAACACCAGGCGCAACAGCAAACUCUGCAACAGCCAUCGUUUAAUUUGGUGAAGCUUUUCAUCAAGCAGAAAAGCAGCUCAACGGACACCUGCAUGGAUGUGUCAUCCGGUUGCUGGCCAAGCGAUAGUACCAACAGUGGCGGUUCGGGGGAUCAUCAGAUGCAUCAUUUAGGUGCCGGAGCAACAAUUCCAGCCAUGCGGUGUCGCAAGAAAAGUAUGCACGAUUCGGGCAAAUGUUCCACAACCGGCGGUGGCAGUGUCGGUGGAGGAAGGCAUGGUGAAGAGGAAGAGUUUCAAUUGGACAGCUUAGAUGCACAAAUUAACAACAGUCACGUGAACACUAACAACAACAACGGCAGUCACAGCGAUGUCGAUGAGGAAGGUCUGAAUGGAGAAAGAGGAGGGCCUCCGUCGUCGCCGCAGCGAGCUCAAGGAACGAAUGGGGCGCAGGGUGUUGGUAAUAUGAAGCUGAAUGAUUUUAAUCGGCAAAUGCACGGCUCUCCCCGUAGACAGUACAAGGGAUUCAAUAUGAACAUUGGCGGCGGGCGAAGAUUGCUGCAUGAGCUUUUGCAGCAACACAACGGUUGCAGCAUUGGAUCGGCCAGCGCGUUGAACAGCAGUAGCAGUAUUAACAAUAACAAUAAUCACAAUCUAAACAACAACAAUAGCUAUAAAGACACCAACAGCGAUACCAGCCGCACGUCGGAGAACUUAACGCAAAUAUUCAAUCACAGUGGCAAUAACAAUACCACCCUCUCCUCGGGCUGUAAAACAAAGAUUCCGAUCGAUAUGAUAACUAAAUCGAUGCAAACUUCCCUCAUCGGUACACCGACCACUAAUGGAGGCAAUGUGGCAAGGGAGAAGGUGCGCGUAAUACCACCCUCGUUUCUGGAUCGCCUGAACGAACUUGGCGAUAAGCAGAAAGCUCCAGUGUUUGUGGUGUAUCCCAACUAUGCACUUCCGGAUUUGGGCUUCCUGAAGACACAGAACGAGGUCGUCAUAUCGCCGCUUACGUUUAAAGAAACGAUGACGGGUGCGGGUCGUCCGCUGAAGAAACCGCGCCCAGUUUCAAUGAACGACAUCGAAAAUAUACGGCAGCGUGAGUAUAAGCACGUGACUGACUGGAAGUCGCUCGUUUUUCUGCUUCCAACAGAGUACCGUAAGCUGCUGCGUCACAUUCCGGAAGUGAGCGAACUGAGUCUGUCGACUGAGAAGCAACCGAUGUUUUGCAUGACUCCACCAUUGCGACGCGGAGUCGCCCGGGGUGUGAGUUGUGAUUGUACCAACUUAUUAAAUCAGAAUACGCAAACAUACAACAGUUCGAGCUCGGGUGGAAGUUCCAGCGCAGCACCAAGCUCCGGAUAUCGAGGAUCAUCAACGAUGCUAACGACGGACUCAGAGAUGGAUGGUAUCUUGGGACCGUCGAAUAGCAGCAACAUUUUCAACAAUAAUCUGUACGUUUACCAGUACGACAGUCCAGCGGAGGUUUUAGUACCCUGCGAGAGGCCCCCUUCUGGCCGUACGGUAGGUGGAACCCCAAAGAGCAUCCUUCGGCGGCCGCAGGGAACGCCUAGAGGGGUUAGUAAUCCAGCAUCCAGUGCGGCUAACAAUCACAGCAACAUGAAAGCCAAGCGUAGCAGCAUGUUCGAGGAACAGCAAAUGCCGCAUUAUCCGCAAGCAUCGCGGGAAAAGAGACGUUCGCUGCAAGAGCACCAUUCGUACAACUUUUACGAAGAUGCCGAAGAGGAGGAAGAACAUUGUGCUGCUGAACCUAAGCUUCACAAUUCACCCAACAUGACGCCACAUCCGCGGUUAGCCAAUACACCAAAGUUACCGUCGGCCGACCAUUACCAUAAGCUGAACAAGCUGGUAGAGUUUGGCGAUAACGAUACUGCAACCGUUGGUGACGCUAACCAUCAACAAUGUAUCGACGAUGAUCUGGAUGCUCGUGCCCGGGCGGAGCAAUUUUUGUCACACGUACCGAAAUCGGAGCUCAAACACUAUGCCGAAAUUGCGCAUAUUCUGGAGUCGACCGAGAUGAUCGAAUCUUCCGAGCCGGCAUACGAUCGUACCCGGCUCCGUAACGAGGUCAGUCGAUUGCUGUCACAGAAGCGAAACGUUACCUUCACCAAGCAACAAACAGUCCCAAGCGUCUCGAACGCUAACAGUACUACACCGGUACGACAGCAACCAUCCCCGGCAACGGUUUUGUUACGACCGACGGAAAUAAAGUUUUCUACACCACCAAACUCUCCGAACAUGUCUGUCACGGUGGCAAAGACGGGUCACCACCAUAACGCGACGGGAAUGGCGACAGAAAAGAAACCACCCGUUGCCCAGCGUACACCAUCGUCAUUGGCAGGUUCGCCUGCUUCCGGAACGGAGAAGGAAAAACAAGAUAAAAUACAGACCAAUCGGUUCAAACGUUUGCAAAUUCAAUGGGAGCUGCUGAGCAAAGAAGCAAGCGUGAAGGCGUCUACCGAUGGUCAGCGAAAAGAGAUUCGCAGCGGUGGCAAUACACCAACCGGUGGUAAUAGUGGUUCCAAAUCGCGGAUUCCACGCCCUGUGAGCUAUCCUACAACUAGAACCAAUUCUGAUCCUGUGGUGAGCAAAACGUUAAAAUCACCUAGCCGCAUUGUGGCACCGAAGAAGUAUGGUGCUAUACAGUCUCCAGUCACAACACCUCCUACACCGGCUCCACGUACGCCGAGCAAAACGUUUAGCAACACCACCCCGAAGAAAGUGUCGUCUGCUCCCUCUCGCCCCGCGACACGCACACGCAUCCCGCUCGGGAAUCGCAGCAAAAAGUUUCCUGCUAAGUAGCGAAACCACGCGACUACAGACGUAAGGAUUGUUUCAUGAGCGGGCAAGGUUCUGAUGGAGCUAGAACGGAGCGGAACCCACGAUGAUCGUAUGCUUUUAAACCAAAGGAAGUGUAUAAAUAUUAACCCAACUACCUGUUUAUCGGCAGAGGGCGAUAGAUAUGCGCCACAUCGUCUAGCAAAACGAUGAGUAAUGGAAGAUGCUGUAAAUUGUAUUUUGCCGGUGUUAGGAAUAUUUGCUCCCAACAUUCUCUCCAUGUGUUAGAUAAGAAGAAAUGGUAAUGAUUUUGUAGGUCUGUCACGAGAAGGCUACGUAAAUAUUAGACUGCAUUACACAGCACAGUUGCGUAUCGAACUGCAUCGAAAUUUCCGCACAGGUCCUUCUACCGUUGGAUGUAAGCCUUUAUUUUUAGCCACAUAUAUACACACAUACAAUCGUUUGUUUAUUGUACUGUCGCUUGUUAGGAACGAUCAAUCCACUGACCGACGUGUCUCCGUAACGGGGCGAAUAUAAUAUAUACAGUAAGAAAAUGCGACUGAAUUGCACAGAAUUGUAUGUAGAUAAUUGAACGAUGGUGUUCUGUGUGGUGUGGUACAAAGCUUUGCUCUGUCGUCCCCGUUACGGUGACAUGAUUGUGUCCUGAACUGCAAACGCGCGCUGCUUUAUUCAGAACAAGCAUUUCCUGAAACAUGCUCAUACAUCAAACGCUGUAUAUCGACUAGCGCUAUUUUAAUUUUAAAAGUACUAAACGUUCUGAUAAACCCUUUUGUAGGCAUAUGUUAGAGGGAUUAAUGUCUUGUUUCGUUUGCAAAAAAAGGUGUAUCGACAAUAUAAGUCGGUGAGAGGAGCGGGAAAAUGAGACGGAAUGUUCUAUCAGCAGCAAUAAUUAUUCAGCGCUUCUUAGUCAGCUUGCUUCAUAAUAGCUAUACAAUAUGCAUAGAACGAUUAUAAUACUCAUGCGCUCUGUAAUCAAUGCCGUAAUAUUCAUAUACAUAUAUAAUCAAGCGUCAACAGUGCAGAAGGUAGGAUAGCUAGAGGAGAGUGUUAUGGAGCGAGUGUUAAAGAUGGAUUAGAAUCGUUUAGUAUUAGUGUGUACAGGCAUAUUACAUGUAGGAAAGAUGCAUAUUUUUCGGUAUUAUUACUACUAUUUUUUUCUUGGCUUUUAACGACCUUACACAGGUCACGCUGGCCAUUUC